AUGGUUGGGUCAGGACCCAACCGCUGUGGCAGAGCCAAGUCAGACAUGCUGCCAAUCGUACCAGACGGACAAAUACCUGACUCAGACUCCAAGGCCACGACCAGAUUGCACGACAUGGUGGAUCAAAUGCGUAGGACCGGCGGGGCUAUUGGCAACUCGCCAAACAAUCUUCCUGCAAACCUAUGGAACCAAAGAUCCGCCAGGCCGCCCUCUGGGGACUUGGUCAAACCGGACCCUGGAGCUACCGCCGGGCCCAAAAGAGGACUCAGUCCCAACCCGGUCGAUUCCCAACCCAACUCACGCGCCCGACAUGAGCCCGCACAGGCCGUCAGAAGCCAGGCAAGCACUACCGUUGAUGAGGACCAACUGGAUGAGCUGACGCCGGCCCAAGUACGACCUGAGUCCGAACCCGCUAGCCUUGAGGUGUUCUUGAUCCGAUGUGGCAUUCAACCGGACGAUCGACACACCCGCGAGAUCCUCAGUCAACAUAGGAUAACCCAGCCCAAGCACUUCGGCCUCUCAGACGAGAGUGAACUCCAAGCACUUGGCCUCACCGUUGGAGCAUCUCGGGCGCUCUGCCAGGGUGGGCAUCCGACCCGACCGACCUAG